UUUGGAACGCAGUCCUGGACGAAUAAACACAUGCCGCGAAACGCGCUCCAAAUCUGAUAUUCGAACAAUAAAAACUUAAAUGUAUAUCGUCGAAAAAGAAAAUUCGUGUUGUCGCGUAACGACUCGGAACGGCUUGACGAGCUUAGGAGGAAAUAUAGUCGGAAACUCGUAGCCGAAUCAUCCGUAGGUGAGGAGACGUGCCAUCGCAUGGGUUGGCACCUGGCAGUACGCUGCAGUACGCGCGAAUAGCUGCUAGCUGCCACGGGCCACGGCGGCACUUGACGGCACUCGCGCUACACGCGGAACCGUUUGACGGCCGCUAUUCCUCCUGCACGCGACUCACGCGAGACGCGAGCUCCAGAGCGCUCCGCUCGCCGCUCGCCUUGGCUUUUCCCCCCCAGAGGAAGGAUUUCUCUUCAAUUUCUUCGUCCCUCUCACCGCGCCUGAAGAAUUGGUGAGCAUUGCCCGCGCCUCCAUCGUCGCGGAAGAAUCGUUUCGGCCGUUUUCGAGAUAUCAGAGUCGCCGAAGCGGCUAGAAUGGCUCGCGGACAACAGAAGAUACAGUCUCAAGCCAAGGCGGCGGAAAAGAGCGCAAAAUUAAAGAAACAGCAAGGACACAGUGCUAAUGAUCAAAAAAAGGCAGCACAGAAAGCGCUUGUGCACGUGUGUAGUGUAUGCAAGGCCCAAAUGCCAGAUCCAAAGACUUAUAAGCAACAUUUUGAAAAUAAACAUCCUAAAAACGACCUGCCAGAUGAUUUGAAGAAUAUAUGAGAGUAUGAACUGUUGUAAAGUGGGGGAUUGGGUGAGAGCGCAUGAAAAAUUUGCUGCAACUGACAAAGUGAUAUAGUUCAACAUUCAUCCGAUCAUUGCAUAGUUUCAGAAAAUGAAUUAAAUCUUGUUAGUGUUUUAACUAAUCUAUUGCACUCGACAGACUUGUUGUGCACGACUCAGAAUGUUAAUAAGCAUAAUCGAUGAUUUACUUAUGGAAAAUCUUGAUUUGUAAACGCUGACAUUUUUCACAUACGUCAUUUAAUCAAUACUUUUUACAUAAGCGUUACAUCUGGAGAGAUUCUGUGUAUAUUUCUAAAUAAAGUUCAUAAAUUUAAUGGCAAAA